AGGGAAGCCCCACAUUUGCUUUUUUGAGACGGUUGGUUGGAAUUUCCAAAGCAAUCUCUCUGUCAUGCUCUCAUGUUUCUAGUCUUCAAACCUCUCCUGUUCUUUCCUUUGUGUGAGUAUCUCUUUCUUAAUCACCUUCUCAAGUUUCAGGUUACAUAGCAGGGCUCCCCCUCCAGCCUGGCCUCCCAGCGGCCCUGGCCUCUCUGUGACCCAUGCCUCUGGCCUCAGACCAGCUCUGCACUGUCGGCACCUCCUGCAGUUGACCAGCUCUGACGAGGGGCCCCUUGUUCUCAAAGCCUCGCUGGACACCAAGCAGAGGCAGCCUGUCUGGAGGGACCACAGCCUUGGAACAGUAUUUUUGGUGGGACAAGCCUGGCCCUAGACCCUGAUGCUAAGUGUAACACUUGAAGUGCUAUGGGCCUCAUCGCCCAACCCAGGAGCUUUUCUGGUGCAAGUGGUGUUAGGAAAGAAAACGGGGGCUCAGUGGCCAUUGCAGAGCAAAGUGUUCCCAUUCCCCGCCCUAUUCACUGGGGCAGGUUGGGGUGAGACUACUUGUAUACAUGUAAGAUUCAUGGUAACCCACCAAAGAGGUGCAUUGAAAGGGACUUAUUAAAGUAUUGCUUUUUGUGUCAAAGUUAACAAAUUUCGGGUCUAAACAGAAUAAUAACAUUUAAUAUUGGAAGCAGCCAUUAGAGGUCAGGAAGUACAGCUUAUUCCUUUUGGAACGGAGAAAUCUUUUUUUUUUUUUAAUUAACUUUUUAAAAAUUAAUUAAGGGCUUCCCUGGUGGCGCAGUGGUUGGGAGUCUGCCUGCCGAUGCAGGGGACGCGGAUUCGUGCCCCAGUCUGGGAAGAUCCCACAUGCCGCGGAGCGACUAGGCCCGUGAGCCAUGGCCGCUGAGCCUGUGCGUCUGGAGGCUGUGCUCCGCAGUGGGAGAGGCCACAGCAGUGAGAGGCCCGCGUACCGCCAAAAAAAUAAAAAAUUUAAAAAAAAUUAAAAAAAAAAAAAAAUUUUGGCUGCACCUCGGCUUGCGGGAUCUUAGUUCCCCAACCAGGGAUUGAACCCGGGCCCUCUGCAGUGAAAGAACAGAGUCCUAACCACUGGACUGCCAGAGAAUUCCCUGGAGGGGAGAAAUACUGAGCUGGACAAGUCAACUCAUUUGCAAGUGUCUCGUGCCUUCAAAUCUUGAGCUCUUUCAUAGGAUGUCCUUAAGGUGCUACAUCUGCUCGCUACCCACUCUGUUCUCUGGGUAAGGUUGGCACUGAUUGGCACAGCUGUUCGCUGAGAUCCUAGGAUCUGCCUAACAGUCUACAAAGACCAGACGUGAAGUAGGGGGUAGCCUACUAUACUACCUCUGAUUCCUGUCUCACACCAUAGAGAGAAUUAGUAUUAUUUAUUAAGCAAGGCAAUUUGUAGGAGCUACAGAAACAAGACACACGACAGUUUCUGCUCUUUUAGAGCUUACAGUGCUGUAUUAUCUCACAUAAUUAGAGGGAACCAAUUCUGGACCACACAACACGUACUGAAUUGGAUAUUAGUGUUUCUCCUACUGACUCUAAGAUUUAGAAAAGAUCAAUUUACUUCUUGGGCCUUAGUUUUCUUAACCAUAACGGGAGGAGAUUGAAGUCUGAAGCCUUCAUAUCUGUACGUUUUGUGAGUCACAGUCUCCUGAUACUUUUUCAUUUUAAUCAUCAAUCUUUUGAUUCCAUUUAUUCUUUUUAUUUCAAGGAAUUCUUAGCUAAGAUGUAGAUGCUAAUUAAUUUACAUGCUGAUGUGUGAUAGGCAACUUAGCCCUUUAUAGAACCUCAGGCUGGAGAAAGUGGGGAAUAGUAUAAUGGUCCAUUUCUUCAAUUUUAAGGCAGAAUAGAUCCCAAACCUAUGUAAAAUAAUUUGGAUUUUUAUACAGCUCAUUAGGAAAAUAGAAUAUGCCUGCUUUUGAAUAUUCAAAGACUUAGAGGAUGUGAAAGGGCUUUUGACUUUACAAAGGGAUUUGACCACAGAAUUCUUUUCCAUAGUGAGUUAGUUCCUCCAGUGCAUUUAAAAUGUAAUAUGUUAUUUUCUUUUUCUUUUUUUAAAUUAAACUAUAGCUGGUCAAGGAGUCUUUCAUUAUUAUGGAGACAGUUCUAAUUCUCAAAGUAGAUGAGGGCUCAGAAGGUUUUAGCAGGAGUUUCCCACUAUAAAUUUUGAAACCAAAUUAUUUUGCCACUUCAAAAUAAUUUGCAUUAUCAAGGCAGUCAACUGCCCAUGACUGAAUUUUCCUUUCAAAUAAAGAAUCUGAUCUACUGAGACAACUUCAAAAAAAAAAAAAAAGAAAUGUAAUAUGAUUUGCAGAGCUUAUGUGCACCAGAAAUAUCCAGUUCUGUAUAUUUACAAUUCAUAGUUCUGCAGCAGUGCUGAGCAUGUACGCACAAAAUAUGCUUUCUGUUACCGAACUGGAAUUUUCUAUGGUGUAAGAGGGUUUUUUGGCUGUUGUGUUGGAAUUUUCCUGACCUUUCUUCCCUCUCUGUUCCUCCCAAUCGUCCAGGCGGCAUUCCUUUGUGAAACAAUUAGUUAAAAUAUGGGAGUUCAUCUGUGGCUGUUAGAUGUGUCCCCCAGUUAGGGGGUGAAUUUGUGACUGAGGUGGGAGAUGCCUUCUGUAGUGGCCAGAACACAGACCAAGUACAGACAGAUUUAGGUCCUGAUGCCAACACUGCCUCUCACUAGCCUUAUGCAAGGUAUUGACACUUAACCUCAGAACCUGUUUUUCAUCUAGAAAACGGAAAUUACAAUAAUAAUGCUGAGAUCGCAGGAUAGAAGAGAGCAUUUCUGUUUUCUGAAGGGGCUGACAUAAAAUAGGCCUUCCACGAAAGGUAGCUCUCUGCCUUUCCCCUCCAACCCGUGGAGCAGCCAGAAAGCAGCAACAAAACUGCAGUCUGUGGAACAGCAGGGUCUGAGACCUCCGUGGGGUUAAGGCAUAUGGAGGGCAGGAGGCAUGAGCAGGAUUCAGCACAGGGUAGCCUGGUGUCGUGGUUAAGCCAUUGGCCACCAGAGCCUGAGAGCCUGGGUUCAACUGUCCUAGCUCUGUGAUUUUGGUAAAGUCACUGAUCAGUUGAGUGCCUCAGUUUCCCGAUCUGUAAACCAAGGCUAGUAGCACUUACGUCAUCAGGUUGUUGGAGAUCCCAUGUGUUAAUUUGCGUGCAGCGCGCAGAAUGGUCCCUGGCACCUAACAAGUCUGUGUUUACUGCAGUCUGUUACCAUGAAAAUCGUUUUUUGUUGUUAGUGUCAUGCAAACAUUAAAACCAUUACAUGAAAUAACUGUAGUCUUUACAAAGAGAACAGAUCUUUUCCAUCAAGGAGGAACAGGGCUUGGCCAGCAUCUUUUAACAGGAGAUAGAUUUGCUCUUAGAAGUCUGCUCCGGUCUUUCAUCUCGCUCCCUGCCUGUCCACUCUGUACAGCUUUUGUUAUUAAUGUGGAGCAGUUGAAGUCACUGACUUGGGUGCCGGCCAGGCCAGUGUUUCUGCGGGUGCAUAUUACUUUCCUAGGCUGGUCCUGAACAGGAUGAUGGAAAUCAGAGGUACGGGGAAGCUGUCCUUCUAGGCAGCCUGCACAUAAGGCAUGGAAGAGGAGGUGGUUUGUGUUACGCAGUGGCCGUUUAACUGGAGAUCCAGAUGUCUUGGAAUAUUACAAAAAUGAUCAUGCCAAGAAGCCUAUCCGUAUUAUUGAUUUAAAUUUAUGUCAGCAAGUUGAUGCUGGAUUGACAUUUAACAAAAAAGAGUUUGAAAACAGCUACAUUUUUGAUAUCAACACCAUUGACCGGAUUUUCUACUUGGUAGCAGACAGUGAAGAGGAGAUGAAUAAGUGGGUUCGUUGUAUUUGUGACAUCUGUGGGUUUAAUCCUACAGAAGAAGAUCCUGUGAAGCCACCUGGCAGCUCCUUACAAGCACCGGCUGAUUUACCACUGGCGAUAAAUACAGCACCACCAUCCACCCAGGUGGAUGCCUCCUCUGCCGCUCCACCUCCUCCAUAUCAGCUCAUUAGCCUUCCACCACACCUGGAAACCCUUGGCAUCCAGGAGGAUCCUCAAGACUACCUCUUGCUAAUCAACUGUCAGAGCAAGAAGCCCGAACCCACCAGCCAAGGGUCAUCUUUUGUUUCUGAAGAAGGAGAUGAAUACCUACUGCUAGAAGAUUUUGAAAGCAAAACGAUCCCAUUGCAAACGCAUGCUGAUUCUGCAAAAUCCACCCCUUCGGAGACAGACUGCAAUGAUAACGUCCCUUCUCAUAAAAAUCCUGCUUCCUCCCAGAGCAAACAUGGAGUGAAUGGCUUUUUCCAGCAGCAGAUGAUGUAUGACUCUCCACCGUCUCGGGCUGCAUCCAUUUCCGUAGACUCCAGCCUUUAUAACCUGCCCAGAAGUCACUCCCAUGACGUCUUACCAAAGGUGUCUCCUUCAAGUACCGAAGCCGACGGAGAGCUCUAUGUUUUUAAUACCCCAUCCGGGACCUCGAGUGUAGAGCCUCAAAUGAGGCAUGUAUCUAUUAGUUAUGACAUUCCUCCAACACCUGGUAAUACUUAUCAGAUUCCACGAACAUUUCCAGAAGGAACCUUGGGGCAGACGUCAAAGCUAGACACUAUUCCAGAUAUUCCUCCACCUCGGCCACCGAAACCGCAUCCAGCUCAUGACCGAUCUCCUGUGGACACGUGUAGCAUCACACGCACAGCCUCUGACACUGACAGUAGUUACUGUAUCCCGACAGCAGGGGUGCCACCGUCCCGUAGUAAUACCAUUUCCACUGUGGAUUUGAACAAAUUGCGAAAAGAUGCUAGUUCUCAAGACUGCUAUGAUAUUCCACGAACAUUUCCAACUGAUAGAUCUAGUUCACUCGAAGGCUUCCACAACCACUUUAAAAUCAAAAAUGUAUUGACAGUGGGGAGUGUAUCAAGCGAAGAACCGGAUGAAAAUUAUGUCCCCAUGAAUCCCAACUCUCCUCCACGACAACAUUCCAGCAGUUUCACGGAACCAAUUCAGGAAGCAAAUUAUGUGCCAAUGACUCCGGGGACAUUUGAUUUUUCUUCAUUUGGAAUGCAAGUGCCUCCUCCCGCUCAUAUGGGCUUCAGGUCCAGCCCGAAGACCCCUCCUAGAAGGCCAGUUCCUGUUGCAGACUGUGAACCACCCCCCGUGGAUCGGAACCUCAAGCCAGACAGAAAAGGUCAAAGUCCUAAAAUUUUAAGACCCAAACCCCAUGGUUUAGAGCGAACUGAUUCACAAACCAUAGGUGACUUUGCUACAAGAAGAAAGGUCAAGCCAGCACCUUUAGAAAUAAAACCUUUGCCAGAAUGGGAAGAAUUACAAGCCCCAGUAAGAUCUCCCAUCACUAGGAGUUUUGCUCGAGACUCCUCCAGGUUUCCCAUGUCUCCCCGGCCGGAUUCAGUGCACAGCACGACUUCAAGCAGCGACUCACAUGACAGUGAAGAGAAUUAUGUUCCCAUGAACCCAAACCUGUCCAGUGAAGACUCAAAUCUUUUUGGCAGUAAUAGUCUUGAUGGAGGAAACAGCCCAAUGAUCAAGCCCAAAGGAGACAAACAAGUGGAAUACCUAGAUCUAGAUUUAGAUUCUGGGAAAUCCACGCCACCACGUAAGCAAAAGAGCAGUGGCUCAGGCAGCAGUGUAGCUGACGAGAGAGUGGACUAUGUCGUGGUUGACCAACAGAAGACCCUGGCUCUGAAGAGCACCCGUGAAGCCUGGACCGAUGGGAGACAGUCCACAGAGUCUGAAACACCAGCCAAGAAUGUGAAGUGAAAAUGCCGCUUUAAUGUCUCUGAACAAAAGAGGACUGAGCUGUAAGGAGAAAUCCUGUUUGACUGAAGAUAACUUGACCCUUGUACUCUAGGUAGAUCCUCAACUGAACAGAGUCGAAGUCAGAGGACCUUUCAGACUUAAUCAAGCCAUUGAGGGUGUAAAUGGUGCUUUGUGGUAUCUGAACAAUUCAUCACAUGUAAAUAAUGUGGGAAAAUACUGUUGUUUGGUUCCCAGAGAAACAUUUGUUUCGUAGUUAACACACUUGUAGUAUUACUGUAUUUAUGCACUUUUUCAUUUAAAGCAUUGGUUUGGGUAUUCCCGAAUGGACCUUAACAUGAUUCUGUUGGGAGUUAUUGUUUUCCUCACACUACUCUUAAGAACAAUGCUACGUGAACUAAGCUACUUUCCACUGGGAAAUUGCUCUUUCAGCUGCAGGGUAACAACAUGACGUGAGAAGUAGAUUCACAAUAUACCUUUCUACCUGAAACGUAACGGGGUAACCGUUAGCUUAAACUACAAAGUAGAGUUGGACUCAUCAUUCAUUGCCUUCCAAAGUGCUAAGCAUCAUGUACCUACUGGUGUCAGGACUUUGUUCUCUGGUUCAUGGACAUUUGGUUUUCAGUGGUGGGACUUUCUUAUAUUUUGUUAAUUACAGUGUUUUGGGCUCAUUAAGUGAAGAUUCUGCCAGGUGGGAUCUUACACCUUGGAAAGAGUGAAUAAUCACACUAUCAAGUAAGCGUACAACUCACUGAUGGCAUGUGGUGACGAUGUGCUCUCACAUUUUCAACAUGUAUUAAACUUUACGUUAUUUGCAAAGUGUAGAUUAUAUAACUAAUCAGGUACGUACCAGGCACUGAUGUGCUAAUACAAUGAUCAGGUUUAGACAGUGAGCUUUAGUUGUAUUCGUGUUAGUCCUCUAAUGCUGGUUUCCAGUUUGGAAUUAAUGGCACAAUUGACAUUCACUGUUAGUUAUAGCAACAUACUGUGAUUUUUAAUUAGACAGUCAUUCAGAUUUAUUACUCGAAGAAUGAAAUUCUGUCUUUUGACACCAUAGUGCCCUUUCUAUGAUUUUUUUUUAAACUUUACUUAAUAUUCUUCUUGGCCUUAUCCUAUUUAAAUCCCUAUGCAAUUAAUAUUUUAUAUCUGCAUUUUUUAAAAAAAACAGAUGUUAUAUAAGUGAUUCUCAUAUGUAGCACCUAUUGCUUUUCCAGUAAAAGAAUUAAGGCUUGUGUACUGUGAUUUAUAUUCACUGCCCCAAUUCAAGAAAUAUUGGAGCCUUGCUAUAAUGUGAAAUCUUAAAGUCAUGGACCUCUUCCAACCAGAUUUCUGAAACCACCAGAGGUGUCGUAUAAUUCUUUCUCACCUAUAACAUGGUCCUAUAGCAAGACCACACAUUAUCUAUAGUAAGGCUACAAUUUAUCUGUCUUGGCUUUGCAAUGUAAUUUAGAAAGCAGGUAUAGUUAUUGGUUUGAUUGGUUUUUAACUAAGUUACAUACAAUCUCUUAUGUACUGAUUUGAGACUUACUAACAGUGUUUGGAGGGGGCAUAGAGAUUGAAGAGCCCACAGCUGAGGCAUGUUUCCCUCCAUGCAGACCUUUAAUGUUACCUGAGUACACAGAUGUGCCCUGAUUUCUGGCCCCUUGGUCACCGUACUGUGCCUAAUCAAUGUAAUGGGUUUAUGUCCCCUCCAUGAGCUAAAAACGUUCAUAACAAGAUGAAUUGUUGACAAGUAACAUUUGAUGCUUUUAAAUGUUUGCUUCUUUUUAAACAAAAACUAAAACCCAGAACUGAAUUUUGAGGUGGAUUUUUAAAUAAAAAAACAUUGUUUGAGUUUGCUGUGAGUAAGCUGUUUUAUAAUGAAACCACAAAAUAGAGUCGAAAAUCAUUGAAAUGUGCCUCAACUGUCAAAACACAUAACGCAGUUGAUGUGUGAAGAUACCAAAUUGUGUUGCAUGGAGGAUAAACAUACUCUGAGAUUUAGAACACAACAAUAAAUAUAUUGUUAAUUCAAAAAUAGAAAUCUUGGGGGCUUCCCUGCUGGCGCAGUGGUUGAGCGUAUGCAGGGGACAUGGGUUCGUGCCCUGGUCCGGGAAGAUCCCACAUGCCGCGGAGCGGCUGGGCCCGUGAGCCAUGGCCGCUGAGCCUGCGCGUCCGGAGCCUGUGAUCCGCAACGGGAGAGGCCACAACAGUGAGAGGCCCGCGAACCGCAAAAAAAAAAAAAGAAAUCUCGUUUUAAAAGCUACCUAUCAGAAGAGUCUAAGGCAAUAAUGAACUUUUUAGUGUAAUUUCUCAAUUCUUUGCAAGUUACCAUUUUGAAGACCCGCAGCACUCAAAUCUGUAGAAAUUUUCCCAUUACGCAGAGUAAUUUAAGAAUUGAAAAUCAGGCAGUUUGUUAAACUAAAUCACAUUAAACAUUGCAUUAACAAAUUAAAUGAAAAGACAGUCUCUUAUAGAGCGGUAUUUCCCAAAGAUUUUUUAGCACUAGAAUCUCUUUUAAGUAAACUCUUGUGUAAGCCCAAUAUGUAAAGCCUGGAAAGUCCAUUUGAUCUGUGUAACUGUAUUUUGAGUCCACAUUUAUGUUUACUUGUCUUAGAACAUUACUAAGAAUAACAUUUCUAAGUAACACAAAUGUGAAAUUGGGGUUAUAGAUAGUUGGUGAAACCUUAGCCGCCAGUCUGUUUCUAUGCCUUGUUUUAUUCACAUGCUAUCAAGAGAAUUUUGCUUCAUGCAAAUGUAAGUAAGUACAAAUAAUAACAGGGUUUAAACACACAUUUCAGGAGAUUCUCUAACUAGAAAUAGAUAAAGUUGUAUUCCCAGGUUUAUAUAAACGUAAAUUAUCCUGGUAGUGGAAGUUUAUACAUAAGCAGACUCCCGUGUGGUAAAAUAGUGUAUGUAACACAUUAGAAUGUGCAUUUUUACUAAGUUUUUAAACUACGCACUUUUAUAAAAACAAAAUUUGAAUCAAACUCUUUAAUACCCCUAAUCGCCCACAAGAAGCUGAGUUUUGGCCAGGCAUGGGUUGAACACCACUGGUUAACUGUGUAACAGUUGUGUUAUAAAUCAGAAGUUUUUUUCUCCCACGUUUGAUGCUCUCUACCUUUUAUUCCUUAUUUUGAAAAACUGUACAAUUUUAUGAAAGUUUGAAUACCAGUGCGCAGCUCUGCUUUCAAAACUCAAAAUUCAGACUUGAAUAAUGUAAGCUAUUUAACCCACAGGAUGCAUCACCUUAGAAAGCUAUAAAAGUGGUUUUUAUCUACACUCUAUACGUUUUCAUCUUUAUUUUUAUCAAUACCAUAUAAGCUACUGUGAGCGUUUUAGAGAAUUCCAUAAAGGUACUAUGAGUGUGUGUAUGUAUAUAUAGCAUUGUAUUUAAUCAUAGACUAAGUUUAAUUUGAUAUAGAAAUACUGCCAUACUUGUACAUUAAUGUCAUAAGUCAUAAUUCCCUCUGGACUCUUUAUAUUUAAUUCAUCGGAGGUCGUAAUCUUCAUAGUCAUAAAUGCAUUCAAACUGGAAAUUGAACACCAGUGUUUGUUCUUCUUUUAGUGGGAAGUUGUCUGCUUUCCCCCUUUAGCAAAAACAGUAUUUUUUAUAUUUUGUUAAACUGUUGACUAUUUUAUGCCUGUACACUAUACCAUAGGCAUAAUUCUUAGAUAUUCCCAAACACUCUUAGUGCCUCCUUAUUUGGCGCAUUGAAAGUAUUGGUGUUAGUAUUUCGAAUAAAUUAUCCUUUAAAAAUAUACUAGCCUUAAACAUUUUAGAAACAACAAGGGGGACGGAAUCUUUUUAUUCCUAUCUUUGGGUCAUGUGGUAGGUCUUAUCCUCCACUGUUAGAUAAGCAGUCAGGUCUGUAACAGGAUUGACAUAACAUGACCAAACCAAGUGGAUACAGAGAGAGAGAGGGGCAUAUCCCAGGAUAACAGUUAUUGUCAAUAACAUCAGCUAUAUGUAAAUCUGUAUAUAAUUUAAAAUAACAACAACUAUGAGGUGAAAAAGCCAUGGUGCAAAUGAAUGUUGUAGACAUCAUGGACUUGUUCUGAUGAGAAAUCACUUGUCGGGUUGUUGAGAUGAUUGGUUUUAAUCUGACUAAAUAUGUUUAUAUAUCACUACAGCUUGAAAUAAUUUAGUUCAUCCUCCAUAGACUUAUCUUUCUUUAGGAUCAGUAUAAUGCAUAUUGUGAGUUUCAACAGACUGUUUCGUCAAGGGAUUAACAUAGCUUCUGGCUUCCUUUACUAAAAAGAUAUGGCUUUGUGUGAGUUCUUGUAACCUAAAUCAAUUGUUGAUAAUCAUUCCAAAUUUCCACAGCAAAAUCUUAUGUAUAAACUUAUUUCUCCCCUCUUGCACAUCUUCUUUUGUAAAGAUCCUAUUGUAGAUAUUUUCUGCUACCAAAUAAAACUUUUCAAACAA